UUUUACAACUGAACAUUUUCUCAUUUUCUUCUCAGCCAAACGAGUCCCCAUUUGCAUACUUCUCUCCCAGCUUCAGAAAUCAGAAUCAGAAUUGAGGGAAAAUGAGGAAGAAAGUCGACGAACGCAUCAGAACUCUGAUAGAAAACGGCGUUAAAACUCGCCACCGGUCCAUGUUCGUCAUCGUUGGAGAUAAAUCUCGUGACCAGAUUGUGAAUUUGCAUUACAUGUUGAGUAAAGCUGUGGUGAAGACGCGGCCGACUGUGUUGUGGUGUUACAAAGACAAACUUGAACUCAGCAGUCAUAAGAAAAAACGUGCAAAGCAAAUAAAGAAGCUGAUGCAAAGGGGGCUUCUAGAUCCGGAGAAAGUUGAUCCCUUUUCACUUUUUGUUGAAACUGGAGGAAUCACAUAUUGCUUGUAUAAAGAUUCUGAAAGGAUUCUUGGAAAUACAUUUGGCAUGUGUAUAUUACAGGAUUUUGAGGCUUUGACACCAAAUCUUCUUGCAAGAACAAUAGAAACAGUUGAAGGUGGUGGAUUGAUCGUAUUGCUGCUGCGCUCCCUAUCCUCGCUUACGAGCCUUUGCACCAUGGUUAUGGAUGUCCACGAAAGAUUCCGUACUGAGUCUCAUUCUCAGGCCACUGGUCGAUUUAAUGAGCGCUUCUUACUUUCUCUUGCAUCUUGCAAAGCAUGUGUGGUUAUGGAUGACGAAUUGAAUAUCUUGCCAAUUUCUUCGCAUAUGAAGUCAGUUACACCUGUUCCAGUUCGAGAGGACUCUGAAGGGCUUUCUGAAGCUGAACGAGACCUAAAGAAUUUGAAAGAACAAUUGACUGAUGAUUUCCCUGUCGGUCCUCUGAUUAAAAAAUGCUGUACAUUGGACCAGGGAAAAGCCGUUAUUACAUUUCUUGAUUCAGUUUUGGACAAGACGCUUCGUAGCACAGUUGCUUUACUUGCAGCUCGUGGUCGUGGGAAGUCAGCUGCUCUUGGUCUAGCAAUUGCUGGAGCUAUUGCAGCAGGGUAUUCGAAUAUUUUUGUCACUGCACCAAGUCCUGAGAAUCUGAAAACCUUGUUUGAGUUUGUAUGCAAAGGAUUCGAUAUACUUGAGUAUAAGGAGCAUUUAGAUUAUGACGUGGUCAGGAGUACAAACCCAGAAUUCAAAAAAGCGACUGUGAGGAUCAAUAUCUACAAGCAGCACCGUCAGACAAUUCAGUAUGUACAACCGCAUGAACAUGAAAAACUCUCCCAGGUCGAGUUGCUUGUGAUUGAUGAAGCAGCUGCUAUUCCAUUGCCAGUUGUCAAGUCUCUGCUUGGUCCAUACCUCAUCUUCCUUUCAUCCACUGUUAAUGGUUACGAAGGUACUGGGCGGUCUUUAUCACUGAAGCUGCUGCAGCAACUUGAGGAGCAAAGUCAAAUGUCAAAUAAAAAUGUAGAGAGCACCCUAUCUGGUCGGCUUUUCAAAAAGAUAGAAUUAGGUGAAUCUAUCAGAUACGCUUCUGGUGAUCCAAUUGAAUCGUGGCUUCAUGCUUUACUUUGUUUGGAUGCGACAAAUGCUGUCCCAAAUAUCAUCAGGUUACCAUCACCAAGUGAGUGUGAUCUCUACUAUGUUAAUCGGGAUACCCUUUUCUCUUAUCAUAGAGACAGUGAGCUGUUUUUGCAGCGGAUGAUGGCCCUAUACGUUGCUUCUCACUACAAGAACUCUCCAAAUGAUCUACAACUAAUGGCAGAUGCUCCAGCUCACCACUUGUUUGUGCUACUUGGUCCUGUUGAUGAGUCAAAAAAUCAUCUUCCUGAUAUUUUGUGCGUUGUCCAGGUUUCUCUUGAAGGACAAAUUUCUCGUAAAUCUGCAAUUAGAAGCCUAAGUGAUGGUCAUCAGCCCUUUGGAGACCAAAUACCUUGGAAAUUUUGUCAGCAGUUUCGGGACUCAGUUUUCCCAAGUCUUUCAGGUGCUCGCAUAGUACGUAUUGCAACCCAUCCAAGUGCAAUGAAGCUUGGUUAUGGGUCUACUGUUGUUGAACUUUUAACAAGGUACUUCGAAGGGCAAUUGACUUCAAUCGCUGAACUUGAUGUUGAAGACACACAGGAAAGUCCACAAGUUAGAGUUACUGAGGCUGCAGAAAAGGUCUCUUUGUUAGAAGAAAAUAUAAGACCUAGGACAGACCUUCCCCCUCUCCUUGUGCAUCUUCAUGAAAGAAAGCCUGAAAAGCUUCACUAUAUUGGUGUGUCAUUUGGGCUUACCCAGGAUCUUUUUCGAUUUUGGAGGAAACAUAAAUUUGGUCCGUUCUACAUUGGACAUAUUCCAAGUAAUGUGACUGGUGAGCAUACAUGCAUGGUUCUGAAGCCAUUAAAUAAUGAUGAUAUCGAAGCUAGUGGAUCUGAUGAGUGGGGCUUUUUUGGCCCUUUCUACCAAGAUUACAGGAGGCGAUUCGCAGAACUAUUAGGUUUCAGCUUCCAUUCCAUGGAAUACAAGCUUGCAAUGAGUAUUCUGGAUCCAAAAAUUAACUUCACUGAGGUGGACCCUGUUUUGCACUCUUCAAACGAAUUUUUAAAGUCAACUGGAGAAAUUGUGACUCCAGAUGAUAUGAAGCGACUGGAAGCUUACACAAACAAUCUUGCUGAUUUUCGCAUGAUUCUAGACAUUGUGCCGAAGCUUGCACGUCUUUAUUUCCUGGAGAAGCUUCCUGUUACGCUAUCAUAUACCCAGGCUUCUGUUUUGCUUUGCAUGGGCUUGCAGAAAAAGGACAUAUCUGUUAUUGAGGGAGAAAUGAAGCUGGAAGGGCAGCAAAUUUUGUCGUUGUUUAUUAAAGUGAUGAAGAAGUUCUACAAAUAUCUUUAUAGUGUAGCAUCCAAUGAGAUUGAUUCAACCAUGCCUCGACUUAAAGAAAUUUCUUUGAAUCCUCACAGUAUCUCUAUUGAUGAAGAUCUUGAUGAAGCAGCAAAAAAAGUUCAGGAUGACAUGAAUGCCAAGAUGGACGGGUUUUUAAAGCCAGAGCUUCUCCAGCAGUAUGCCAUUGUAGACAGAGAGGCUGAUUUUGAACAUGCUUUACAAAAUGGUAGUGGGAAGGUGCUUCCUGGUGGUCUCAUUAGUGUAAAAUCCCACAGAGAUAAGGCUGCAAAGCAUGGGAAGAAAAAUGACAGCCAAAAGAGUGGGAAGAAAAGAAACAAGGAUGAUCACGGAUCAAAGUCAAAUAAGAAGAGGAAGGCUUGACGGACCAAGUAUGAUGUGAAAUCCUUCUUCCGCUUGGUGUUUUUAGAUUAUCUGUUCUUAUUGUUACUAAUCAACUUUUGGUGGGAGGGACCUAUAAUUGGCAAAGAGGGAACCCAGUAGGUUUCUAUCUCAUUUCAAUGUUAAGAUCUUCCUACUGAUGUACAGCAGCUCCAUUACUUUCUUCUGGCUGCUCAUAACUAAUUGACAGCGACGACUAGCAUCUGAAAUGGUGCUCAAUUUUGGUUUCGAUUAUAAGGUUUAUGAUACACGUUCAUUUUGAACA